GAAGCAUCCUGCUGACUACUGUGAACAACUCAGAUCUCCGUCCGCAAAUGCUGGUGAGAGGAGAGGAACACAGAAGAGUUCACAUGUGAGAGAACCUCACAGGAUCACUGAUUCACACAUGGCUGGAACAUCUCAUGCAAGUCUACUGUAUGAAGAUUAACAUUAUUUGUGAGGACUCUCUCAGUGGAUGGAGAAGGUUUAGUCUGGUUUAGUCCAGUGGGGAACAGCUCUCCAUCAUGGAUCCAUUCGACAAGCUGAGCAGAGAGAAACUGAUCUUCUAUCUGACAGUUCCACUCUCUUCAAUCAUCAUCUUCUCCAACCUCUUCAUUAUCAUAGGCAUCGCCUGCAACCGGCAGCUGCACAACACCCCAAACUACUUCUUCUUGAGUCUGCUGGUGGCCGACUUGUGCACCGGCAUCACCCUGCCUUUCAUUCCCCGCAUGACACUCGACCGGCAUCUGGACUUCAAGCAUUGUUUGGUGAUGUACAUCUUCCCCAACUUUCUGUUCUUGUCGUUCCUCUUCAAUCUGGUGAUGGUGCAUUAUGAGCGCUACCUGUGCAUCGUCAGCCCGCUCCACCACAGCCAGUUCUGGGUUCACCGCUGCUUUCCCUUGGCCUUAUUAACAGUUUGGCUCCCGCCAUUGCUAUACGCAUCCCUCCCUGCUUUUGGAUGGAAUAAUUGGGUGGAACCCAAUGCCAACAAGAGCUCCAACCCAAACGAGACGCUAUUGAGAUCAACCACAGUUGGUAACACUUCCAGAGAGGAUGAGGUUUGCUCCUACAAACAGGUUUUUCCCAAGGCCUUCAUUUAUCUGGAAGUGUGCGGACUGGUUCUGCCGGCCAUGCUGUCCAUCGUGGGCAUGAUGGGACGGGUGUUGUGGAUCGCACACAAGCAGCUGCAGAAAAUCUGCAAGCUCCACCGGGCCGUGGACCGUCUUCAGCAGCAGCAGCUGACGGACCACGAGCAGCAGCUUAACCUGCGCUACGCCAAAUGCGUGGCCGCCGUGUCCCUCACGUUCUUGGUCUGCUGGGUGCCGUAUAUCAUCUACCAACUCAUGUCCGUGACGGCUCUGCAGAGCGGGGUGAGCUUGCCAAGCUCCUCUCUGUACAUCAUCAUGUCCUGUACGGGAAUCGGGAGCAUGGCCGUCAUCCCCCUGAUACUGGGACUGGCCAACAAGCAGUACACUGAGCCCAUCCGCAUGGUGAUGCGCAAACUGAGAAACCGCUGGAGAGGAGGACAGAACAACAGGGAUAUUGCGCUUUGACGAGUGGACAACGAGUCAUAGGAUGUUUCAAUUGAAUGUGUAAAUGAAGGUUCUGUCAUCCAUUAAAUACUUUAUAUAAACUACUGUUUAAAAGUUUGGGGUCGGUAAGAUCUCUCAUGCUCAAAAAGGCUACGUUUAUUUGAACAAAAACACAGUAAAAACAGUAAUAAUGUGAAAUAUUAUUACAAUUUAAAAGAACUGUUUUCUAUGUGAAUAGAUUUUAAAAUGUAAUUUAUUCCGGUGAUGACUUCAGUGUCACAUGAUCCUUCAGAAAUCAUUCUAAUAAGCUGAUUUGCUGCUCAAGAAACAUUGUUAUUAUCAAUGUUGAAAACAGUUGUGCUGCUUAAUAUUUUGAAACCAUGAUAAAAAAAAAAAAUCAGGAUUCUUUGAUGAGUAGAAAGUCCAAAAGAACAGCAUUUAUUUGAAAUGCAAACAUUUUUUGUAACAUUAUAAAUGUCUUUACUGU